AUGACUAGCAACCGGAAGAAUAAGCAUACUCUCCCGGCUUCUACUAUCCGUUUUUUCAGAAUCAUCACUUCAACAAUUCUUCAAGAUGAAAAGCUUAGGAUUCCAAACUCUUUCACUAGGAAACAUGGGAGUAAUAUGACAAACCCAAUAUUUCUCAAGACUCCGGAUGGCAAAAAAUGGGAAAUAUACACGACUAAAAUUAAUGAUGGAGAUUUUUGGUUUCAAAAAGGUUGGAAGGAAUUUGCUACACAUUAUUCACUAGACCAUGGACACAUGGUAUUGUUUGAGUAUGAAGAAAACUCUCAAUAUUUUAGGGUGCAUAUAUUUGGAAAGAGUGGACUUGAAAUUGAAUAUCCUUUCCAUGACAAUCAACAUGAAGAAAACAGCUUUGAUCAAAUUAGUGAUGAUGAUUCAAUUGAAAUUUUGGAUAAGUCACCUUCAUGCAAGAAAACAAGACCAAAAUCACCAAUUCCAUGUUCUCAACCACAUAAGAAAUUGAGAAGUGACACAAGAGAAGAUGUUGGAACAAGCUCCAAAUUCCAUGACUUUCCUCAAAAUCAUGACCAAUCUAGUGAUGAUACAAGUGAAGGUGAUGGAAAAAGUUCCAAAUUCUAUAACAUGCCUAAGUAUGAUCAUGUCGAAAUUAGUGACAAUACCGCGGAUGGUAGCGUUAAAUGCCAAAAAGUGGAGCAAGAGAAGGAGCAGGAAGAGUUAUCGUCUAAAAUUAAUGAAGCUCUAAAUAGAGCUAGAAGCUUCAAAUCUAAAAAUCCUUGUUUCACAAUUGUCAUGAAAUCUUCGUAUCUUUAUAGCUAUUCCUUGUAUGUCCCAACACAAUUUGCAAUAAAUUAUUUGAAGAAAGAGGAAAGCAAUAUUCUUCUUAAGCUCUUGAAUGGGAGAACUUGGUAUGCUAAAUAUUGUUUUGGAAAAAUUAAAUCUGGAUGGAAGAAUUUUGUAAGAGACAAUAAAUUGAAAGUGGGUGAUGUGUGUGUGUUUGAGUUGACAAAAAGCCAAGCUCUUACUUUGAGAGUACUAAUCUUUAGAGUUGAUGAUGAAGAACCACACUCCUCUUCUCUACCUCAAGUUCAAAGGGACGAAGACAUCUCGGAAGUUGAAAGUGAAAAUUAUAUUAGUAUCGACGAAGAUGAGAAGGAACCACAAAGAACUUCAUUGCGGUCAAAAGUCAAAUUGGAGACAAAUGAAGCUCAAAAUGCAGCUGAUAAUUUCACAUCAAAACAUCCCUUUUUCAAGAUCAAUAUUAUGCCAAAUCAACGAGGACAUUCUAGAUUGCUUGUACCAAAUUCCUUCAUUAGAGAGUACUUGGAUAGUAAGGAGCAGACUGUGAUGUUAAAGUUUGGAAAGAAAUUUUGGCCAGUAAAGUUAUUAUGUUACUCAAACAUGAAAUCAGGGCAGUUUUCUAGAGGUUGGAAUGAAUUUUGGGAAGAAAAUAAAUUGAAAGGUGGAGAUGUAUGUGUUUUUGAGCUCAUCAAGACUGAAGAUGUUGUGCUUCAUGUUCAUAUUUUCAGAGGCAAUUGA